UAAGUAGUUCUUCAAAACGGCAGACGGCAGUAGAGUACGGAGUAGGAGGAGAAGAAGAAGAAGUUGUAGUUCUAUUUUGGCACGUCACUUCCUGUCGACUAAAGCGUGGUGCGUGCUAAGAAAGGACAAUGGCAGCGGGUAGCAAUACUGAGGACUACCCUCAGGAGAUAGACGAGCAGCUCACAGGUUUCGACUCCUCAGUUUCUUCUGUCAAAACCAUGUUGGAGAAGCUGAUGUCGAUGCCCAGGAACGACCUGCUGCAAAAGCUGGACCCUUUGGAUCAAGCUAAGUUGGAUCUGAUGUCUGCCUACACCCUUAAUUCAUUAUUCUGGAUGUACUUGGUUACCCAAGGAGUAAAUCCCAGAGAACAUGGAAUCAAACAGGAACUGGAGCGAAUAAGGACAUACAUGAACAAAGUGAAAGAGAUUACAGACAGGAAGAAAGCUGCCCGUCUGGAUAAGGGGGCUGCAUCACGUUUUGUAAGAAAUGCUCUCUAUAACCCGGACGAGAAAGAGUCUAGGAAAAAAGCAGCAGACACAACGCCUGAUACUCUGAAGGCAAAGCGUUCAAAGCAGAGCUGAAAUAAUGAAAGAGCUGGACAGACUCGUCCCUCUGCAUUUGUUUUUGUUUUUUUACCUCUUCUGGGGACAUCAAACUUUUGCUCACAAGGCACCAAAGCAAGUGUUGUGUUACGGGCAUCAUAAAAAAUACACAUUCAUGUUUAUCUGGGUUGCUCCCCAGUCGAAUACACAAUACACCAUCUCAGGUUUUGAUGAAUGUAUUGCUGCUCCAGAAUGUGAUAGAUUCAAGGCUGUAAUAUUUUUCUAAUGUUACCACUUCAUUGCAAAAGUCUAAUUUAGAAAAUUGAGUACAAACCUAACCUAGGUGAAAGAACUUUUUUUUUUCUCAGUUUUGGAAGUGAUUCUAUGAAUCAUUGUUUUUUUUUUUACACACAUGCCAUGUGUCAAACAUGUAUAGAUGAAACUUUUUUUUAACAAUGUUUAGGAUUUUGACUUGGAUAUAUAUAUAUAAAAAAAACUCACCAAAUA